GUUCUCCGAAGGUGUCGAGUUCGAGGAUUUCUUCAGCGGCGUCAGAUGACGGCGCGGUCAGCGCGGCGGAGUUGCUGAAGACUUGCCCGCCUGAUGUGCCAGGCAAGUGCGAGUAUUGGAUUCAGAAGAACAACUUAUUUCAACAUCUGAUGGAUGCCAAACUGAAGAACUGCAUCAAGGAGGCCAAGAACCUACUCGAGACGAUUCAAGGCAAAGGUGAGUAUGCUGCGAACUACUCAAGUCUCAACGCACACAUGAAUAACGUGAAGACCGUCCUCGCCGUCACGAAGCAAAAAAUCAAAGAUGGGUUGGUGACCGACGAUAUGCUUCAAAGGGGGCUGAGGCCGAUAUUGGCCAUCCCGAACGGGCCUGAGGCUUUGGGCCCCACCUACAUGUUUGCGAUCGUCGCUCGAAAGGUGAACGGCAUCAUCCCAGAGAAUCCGAAACUCACUGUGGACCAGACGCGCCUCAUCAAGGACAACAUCACGCGCGCGAUCAAUCCGAACGAGAGGUUGAGGCCGCGCAGCCCCUUUGACCCUCUCGACCCGAAGAUGGCCCACAUCCCCAACGAGCACUUGGGCGACAGGGUUUCGAUGCAAGUUCAGCUCCUUGUGAACGCCUUCGCGCGCAACAUGGUCUUGAAGGGCGACAUCUGCAAGGACUCCACCGUCAUGUUUGCACAGGUUGUCUGCGAUGAAUUGUCCAACGAGGUGCAGUUGGCCAUGGCCCCUCCAUGUUUCAUGUCGGUCGGCAGGGAGUUACUUACCUCGCUCAAGCAAGUCAUAUUCCUAGAGGACCUGGCUAAGGAGACCGUUGGAGAUACUUACGAGGAGCGCUACGCCGAGUUCGCGAAGUUCCAGAAGGAUGUGUCUGAGAAGGUGCCGUCUUGGGGCAUCGUGGGGUACGUGCAUUCUUCCCUGGAGACUCCUUUUUACUGGGCUAAGCUGGUGUCAUCCGCAAAAGAGAAGCACGAGGACACCUUGAGCACGCUGAAAGCCGUUCAGCCACACGUGGACACCAUCAACGAAUUCUUGUGUCUCAGGGACCGCACGGAGGACGUGAUCGUGAAUCUUGCGCCCUUGGGUUCGUUUGAGACAUGCGCUGGUAAUUGCCACAAGUGGCGCACUGUGGACAAGCAGUUCAAUCAGGAGUUCUCAAGCGCGCAGCGGGGCCAGCGACUCGAGCAGGUUGCAUCGGACAUCAUCGAGAACUUCGUGAAGAAUGUGCCGCACUCAGAGAGCGCAGCGAAGGAGAUCCUCUCGAAGCUCAAUUCCCUCGAAGGCGAGAUCUACACUGCCGAGUCCAGGGUUGUGUACUACCAGGCGUUGCAACAUCUGGCGGUGUGGACGUUCACAAACGUGACCAACAUUAACGAAGAGAACCUGCCCGACCUCACCGCGAUUCUCGCGACCUUCAAGCUUUCGGCUGGUGUCGUGCGCAACGGCACCGAUGUGCAAGAGGGUUUGCGCGACGACGUCCUCAAGCUGGGCUGGUUCUUCCAGGACUCCUGUCGGAUGGGCGACUACUUGCGGCGCUUCCUCGGCCUCGGGGGCACCAGCGCUCAGCGAGCCAAGAAGGACGAGAGGCAGCACUACGACGCAACCGCGAGCUUGAGAUCCUUGUGGAGGUCGGUGACGGGCACGUUCGCCAGGGUGACGGCGAUGAGCGGGUUCGAGGAUCACCCGGUGAUCAUGGACAAGUACUCCGAGGUGUUGUUCGAAGGUGUGGGCGCGAACCUGACGGACGUGACCUUGGAGAUCAUGCAGAUCGAGGCUGAGAAGCUCGAGGCGCUGCAGGUCAGGGUCAAGCAGGGCGCUGGUGGCUGCGCGGGCGGGGCCCUGUGGCACGACGCGCCAGGCGUCGGGGAGGCAGACGCGCUCGAGAAGCUCGCGGGGAUGGACGCGAUGGCGGGCUUCAAGGCGAAGGAGCAGAAGGAGCUGAGGGAGGCCUUGGAGAAG